CAUGCGCGCACCGUCGUCCACGAGCUGUCGCUUCAACGGCUGCACCCAGCGCGCCUUGCCGGUCCUCGGCAAGUGCGAGUUUCACCGCCAUCGUCUCGUGUGCCACAUUGACGGCUGCAACAACAUUGUCUACGCGCGCCAGCUUUGCGUGCGCCACGGCGGCAAGUUGCAGUGCGCCCAAGACGACUGCAGUGCGAACGCCCGCAUCGACGGCUACUGCUCGCGGCACGCGCUUCCUACCGCCAAGCGCGCGUGCUCGGAGCCCCACUGCCGGAACCUCGCCCACUCUCGGUCCAAGUGCGUCCGGCACGGCGGCGCACGGCGUUGCGGAGAAGAGCUUUGCGUAAGCUUGGCACGAACGGGUGGCUUUUGCCGCCGCCACAAUCCAUCCAAGGUGUCGCUACGCGCAAGCCCCGUCCAAGUCGAUAUGGCGGCCAGCGAUGACCUGCAGGAGCUCGACAACAAGAUUUUGCAGUGCCUACUGAUCGACUCCCCGCGGAUCGAGCCGAUGACACCACCACUUAGUGCAUUGGAAAUGGAAGUCUACGAUUUGUAAUCGAGCGCGAGACAACUAAUAUCUCAUAUGAAUAUCACUGUGCA